AUGACGUUUUCCAGCCUGUGCUAUCCAGACUGUGGGGUGGCCCGACCCAGUCCAGUCACUGGCAGCUGCAACGAGCCGUGCGUUAGGCAGUGCCCUGACUCCGAAGUGCUGAUCAGACCCUCACCGGUUGUUGUGACCCUCCCGGGACCAAGUCUCAGCAAUUUCCCUCAGCACAGUGGAGUGGGAGCCAUAGGAGCACCUGUGGUCGGACCCGGUUUUGGGGGCUCAUUGGGUCAUGAGGGAUUGUACGGCUAUGUAGACCCUUAUGGAGGAUUGUAUGGUUUAGGGGGAUACGGUGGUUACGGUGGCUGUUAUGGUUAUGGAGGAUUAGGCGGUUACCUGGGUGGUUAUGGUCAUGGGGGAGUAUGUGGCUGGAGAAAUGGAGUGGGAGCCAUAGGAGCACCUGUGGUCGGACCCGGUUUGGGGGGCUCAUUGGGUCAUGGGGGAUUGUACGGCUAUGGAGGCCAUUAUGGAGGAUUGUAUGGUUUAGGGGGAUAUGGUGGUUACGGUAGCCGUUACGGUUAUGGGGGAUUAGGCGGUUACCUGGGCGGUUAUGGUUAUGGGGGCUUAUGUGGUUCCGGGGUAUCUCACCAUAGAUACCUCAGUGGACGCUGUGGGCCAUGCUAA